GGGUACAUAAGAAAGUAUUGAGAUGAACUUUUGGUAUUGACCAAAUACUUACCCCAAUUUUCGCACUCUAAGACGCACCUGACUAUAAGCCGCAGCCCACCAAAUUUGGCCCGAAAAUGGCAUUUGUUCAUAGAUAAGCCGCACUGGACUAUAAGCCGCAGCUAUCCUCACUGUUUUAUGGGAUAUUUACACCAAAAGAUAGUAACCGGUCACACUUAAUUUGACAGAGGCAUCAUACGACUGUCAUAAGCCCAAAUGAACCACCAUGAAAUCUUUGAACCAAUUGGCUGCAAAGCUUCAUUCCUUCAAGAAGCUUCAUUUGGCCAUCACUGCUCCCUUAGUGGAGACAGGCAACCUCUGCUGCCACCUGCUGUAAACACUGUUGUCAUCCAACAUGCCUCCUAGCAUGCAUUGCAUUGUACAGAUGUAAAUUUUAAUCAAAAUUUAUGUUCUGUGCAAAUUAUUUCUUCAGUUACUGUUCCAGUUGUUUCAUCAAUUGUUAGUUAUGGUAUUUGCUAACACUUUAUUUGACAGUGGCGACAUAAGACUGUCAUUAGACAAUCAUAAUUAUUGACAUGACACUGUCCUGAGCAUUAAUGAAUGCUUAUAACAGAUGUCAUUUAGUGUUAUCCGGCAAAAGAUUUCACUUUUGAAUGGAUGUAAAACAUUCAAUAAAUAAAUAAAUGAAGCUAGUGACAUAAUUUCCCGGAUGAUACCUAAUAACAUAAGCAUUCAGUAAUGCUUAUGAUAGUAUCAUGUCAUAAUUAUGAAUGUCUUAUGACAGUCUUAUGAUGCAGCUGUCACAUAAAGUGUUACCUAUUAACUCAAAUAAAUCAACAUACAAGCCACACUGGACUAUAAGUCACAGGUAUCAAAAUGAAGGAAAAAAGUAGCGACUUAUAGUCCGAAAAUUACGGUAUUUUCCACCAUGAUUUGCAAAUAAAUUAUUUAAAAAUCAAACAAUGUGAUUUUCUGUUGUUUUUUUCUUCCCCACAUUCUUUCUCUCAUGGUUGAGGUUUAACCAUGUUGACAAUUACAGGCCUCUCUAAUAUUUUCAAGUGGGAGAACUUGCACAAUUAGUGGUUGACUAAAUACUUAUUGGCCCCACUGUAUGUUUGUCAGUGCAUCAGCAAAUGUGUGUGAUGUUUCAUAUCGAAGUCAUUUUGACCUUUUGCGCUUUGGUUGGGCACAUGCAUGCAUCACCAGUAGGUGCUCCGUAUGCAGUUUUGGGGUAUAUGUAACUUCACGCUUGAGAUCAUGCGACAUCUGGAAAAUAACGCAUACUUAUGAAUGCUCGCCAUGCGGUAGGGAUCGACCCUGGGGCUGCGUUACACAAGCCCAAUCUGCACUGCAGAACUUUUCCUUGCUCAUCACAAACACUCUGACAAAAGAGCCCGCAUACACACCCCGAGUCAGCAGAGGAGCUGGGGGAAGGUGAUGGAAGGGAGACAGGUGGCACGCAGCCAGCGUAGAGGACAGGCAAAAAGUUGUUAGCUUGCCUGAGGGGCGUUGAAGAGGAGGAGUCAGCGACUCAGGGGGGUCUCCAGCUGCGACGGCGGCAUUUCCUCUCUAAAUUGUCUCUCUAGCCGGCCGCUCCUGCAUUGUGGCAGUCGCUGCAGUGAGAGUGCAGACCGCCCGAUUCUCCUUGAAUGAACCCUGACGGUGCGGCACGAGAGUUGGCCGCUGACCUACUCCGCUGUGGGCCUCAGAAGGAAUUCGGACCUUGAGCAGAUUAAAACCUCUGAAGUUGAGCAGAUCUGAAGGAAUUAAAGGUGCAGAUCUUGCAUGGAGAUGGAGGUCCAUGGGAUCUGGGUUGAUGCCCUGAGGUUGGGCCUUCCACAUUCAGUCUUUAACCUGAUCCUCACCGCACUGCUGGUCUUGGGGUCUGCCCAGGCCUUGGAAAUGUCCGUAGGCAAGAUUCCCUUCCUGGAGGCCGUGAACGGCAGCACAGUCACGUUGCCCUGCACUUAUGCCAGCUGCAUUGGCAUCGAGAACCUUUAUUUCAGAUGGCAGUUUAGCGAUAACGGCACCAUGCGAACGGUAUGUGAUGCAGUGAUACCAUCGGAGGGCGUGGUGCCAAAGGUCAAGAUUUACAAAGAGCGCUUCGAAUUUGUGGGGAAAAACAACGACAUUUCCAUACUUUUGUGGAACAUCACCUUUGACGAUGCAGGCCAGUACACUUGCUUCGGACGCAACCCAAAAGAAAAGGACAAGAACCACAGCGCCAUCUUCACGCUCUACGUGGUGGACGAGUUGAAGGUAGUGGACAACACGGUGACCAUCAUCAUAGCUUCUGCUGUGGGCGGAGCUAUCGCACUGCUGAUGGGCUUCAUGCUGCUGAAGAACUUCACCCUCUUUGUUCUUUCCAAGAUGGAGGAGAAAAAUAAGGAGUGCCUUGUAACUUCAUCAGGGAUUGACAACACAGAAAAUGGCCUCUCAGGAUCGAAAGUGGAUUCAAAAGCCAAACCUACAAAACAAAAAUGAGGACGUGCAUGCAUUUUAAACCACUAGAGUGCUUUUACGUAGGCCUUCACUGUAGUAUUGAACUAUACAAGCACGAUGGCUGGUUACAUUGCUUUGGUCAAACGUGCACAGUCUUGCACUUUUAAACGCAACCAAAGACACAAAAAGCAAUGAUGUUAAACUUUUCUCAUGGAUCCAAAAGCGCAAUCUUUUUAUUUAUUCAUUUCUUUUUUAACAUACAGUAGGGCUGCAGCUAUCGAAUAUUUUAUCAAUCAAGUAUUCUACUGAAAAUAGAAUCGAGUAAUCGGAUAAAAUAUUUUUAAAGGUAAAGAGCAAUUAUGAAUAUGAGAAAACAGGAAAAAUAAAAAAAUAAUAGAAUAUAAUAAUAAUAAUUGUAGAUAUAUAAUAAUAUAAAAUAAAUAGAAAAAUAAAAAAACAAAUUCACUGCUUUCACUCAAAAAACUUAAGAUCGUAUCUAUAAAAAAACAAAAAACUUAUUUCGUACCUAAAAAUGUCGUUACGCUUGAUAACACACAUCACUUAAAAGUAGGGCUGCAGCUGUCGAUUAUUUUAGUAGUCGAUUAUUCGACGAACUAGUUAGUUCGAAUAAUCGAAUAAGGAACAUAAAAAAAUUAAAAUGCCUCAGCUGAGUCUCAAACGGUAUAAAAAAAUAAAAUAAAAGAGGAUCUAUGUACAGCAACAAAAAACAAAAGUCAGCUAGCUUAAAUGCUAUAAAAUGCUAACAUUAUUUAUUUAUUUUACAAUGCUCUUAACAAAUGGUUCAGCCACAUAUGAAACCUGUGGUGGACUGAUGGCGCGAAGUUUGAAGCGAGAUAUACUAUACAUACAUAUAUAAUAGAUAUAUAAAAUAAAUAGAAAAAUAAAACAACAAAUUCACUGCUUUCACUCAAAAAACUUGAGAUCUUAAAUAUAUAAAACAAAAAACUACCUAAAAAUGUCAUUACGUUUGAUAACAGACAUCACUUAAAAGUUGGGCUGCAGCUGUCGAUUAUUUUUGUUGUCAGUUAAUCGAUGAACUAGUUAGUUCGAAAAAUCGGUUAAGGAACAUAAAAAAUUUAAAAUACCUGAGCUGAGUGUCAAACGGUAUGAACAACUAAAUAAAAGAGGAUCUAUGUACAACAAAAAACAAUUGGCUAACUUACAUAGCAAAAGUCAGCGAGCUUGAAUGCUAUAAAAUGGUAACGUUGUUUAUUUAUUUAUUUAUUUAUUUAUUUAUUUUACAAUGCUCUUAACAAAUGGUUCAGAAAUAUAUUUCCCACAAAAAAUGGCAAAAUUACGAAAAAUUUAUUAGUUAAAAAAAUUAAAAAACUUAUGUUGGUCUUAACAGGGAGCAGCUGGAUUCAGCCAUGUGAAAUCAGGCAGACUAGAGGGCAAUGUAUCCACCCAAAUCAAUAAAACUAAAGGCAAACACUUUCAAAACAAACCACAUGUAAAAGAAAACAGUGAUUUGUACAUGGAUACAAUAUUAACAUUCUUAAAUAAAAUACUGUUUUGUUUUUUAAUUGAAAGAAACCUGUGGUGGACUGA